UGCACUUGAUUUUAUACAAUGUGAUAAGGCCCAUCUUUAUAAUAUUUUACAUGCUUUUGGCUUUUUCAUGAAAAUAUUUAAAGAACUUGAGUUAACUUAUUUUGAUCAAACUCAACUAUAUAUUAAUUUUAUACACAUGGGAGCAUGGUUAUCAUAUUAUUACAAAGCCUGGUUUAAUACUGAUCCAAACUGUCUUCUUCGUGAGCUUGAACUUUACAAACAACAAAAAUACCUUUUUAAAAUUUUACGUGCUCAUAAAAAAAAAGUUGAUUCAAACUAUAUUCAACCAAACAACUCUUCUUCUACUUUGCUUCUCUCUGAUACUUCUACUUCACCUGCUUCUAUCUCAACUGUCCCUAUCUUAACUGUCUCUAUCCCGACUGCCUUUACCUCAACUGCUUUUACACCAACUGCUUCUACGCUAACUGCUUCUAUACUAAUUGCUUCUGCACCAACUGCUUCUACACCAAUUGCUUCUACACCAAUUGCUUCUUUUUUAUUUAUGAAGAAGGAAAUUACUUUAGAGGCCAAUUUUGAUACUGUUAUUAAUAAAUGGGAAGAAUUGUUAAUUGAUGAAGAGUUUGAAGAAGAAACUGAUGAUCUUGAUAUUGAAAUAGAUUUUUUUGAUUUUGAAACACACCCCGCUGAAAAUCAAGCUGCCAAGUGGAAUUUGCAUGAUUUGUUUUCACAUAAUUUACCAUUUCCCAUUGAUAGUAUUUGA